GGGGAGGGGCAACACAACUAUAGCUGUUGAUGUCUAACUACGCCAUUCCGUCGACAUGGCGGGUACUGUGAUGAAGAAGUGUUUCAGCCCCCUGUCUGUUCUCACCAGGAGGCUGUCAGUCCCGGAGUACAUCAGUCAGUGCUGCUAUCACGAGAAAGUGGUGGAUCAUUAUGAGAACCCAAGAAAUGUUGGUUCGCUGGACAAAAAGUCUAAGAAUGUUGGAACUGGCUUAGUGGGUGCGCCAGCCUGUGGAGAUGUCAUGAAAUUACAGAUUGAGGUUGACAGCCAGGGAAAGAUUGUGGAUGCCAAAUUUAAAACGUUUGGCUGCGGCUCCGCCAUCGCCUCCAGCUCUCUGGCCACCGAGUGGGUGAAAGGCAAAUCUGUGGAUGAAGCUCUGAAGAUCAAGAACACUGACAUCGCCAAAGAGCUGAGCCUUCCACCUGUUAAACUCCACUGCUCCAUGCUCGCAGAGGACGCCAUCAAGGCAGCCCUUGCUGACUAUCGCCUCAAGCAAAGCGACGGCCAGCAGGAGGCAGCAAAGGUCAGCAUCUAAGGACAGUCACCUUCAAGAACCAAAGGAACAGAAGCAGUCAAAUCAUUUUACGUGUCAUCUGUUACAAUAGCGAGAAUCCAGACCUUGUUCCACUGUAGCAGCACUACUCCAGGCUUUCAGCGUUAGCCUUUGACCUCUGCUUCUGUCCACUCUCUUCUAGCCUGUCACUUAAACGCACAAUUUAUGCACUGUUCAGUUUCAGUCUUAAACUGAGCCUUAUAUUCUUCAGACUGAAGGAACUAUUGGUCCAAGAUGAAAAGUUUUGUAAUAACCUUGACUGAUAUGAGUGGAGGGGUUCCAGAACACCAAUAUGUUGGUGCAAAGGCUUGUUGGAAAACCUGCAAUUAAAGUAUUCCAAACUAUU